GGGCGGUCGGCGGAGGGGCUGGGACCCUUCCGGCUCGCCGCCCCUUCCCCGCCCCUUGCCUGGCAUCCGCUGACAGUAAAAAGGUCCAUGGACAUUAACCCCCAAACAGAGUGAUGUUUAGAUGCUGAAAGGAUGACUUGGUGGAGGGGGAGGGUUGCUGCCAGGCAACCCCUUGCUGCUGAAAUUACUCAUAACAAUCCAAAGAAGAGAGAUUUACAAAUAGUAUUUGAGCAUCAUGGAGCUUUUAGGUUCUACUGUAACGACAAGUUGUGCCCACCCUAGAGCAACACCAAGUGACUUUCUACCGGCCAUCAGUACCAUGGCAUCAAGCUACAGGGCCCGCUUCCCCCACUACAAUUUGGCACAUGGCUUGAGCCUGCCUUGGAGACCCAGCACAUACUACAGAGUGGCCUCCAGCUUGCCGACCCUGGCCCCGUACUGCGCCAGGUCUCAGAAGGUGUGCGAGAGCACCAUGCUCCCCUUUGUUUCCAACAGAACUACCCUCUUCACCAGGUACACCCCUGAUGACUGGUACAGGUCCAAUCUAACCAACUAUCUAGAAUCCAACACUUCCCGGCACAAUUCAGAGAGACUAAGGGUGGAUACAUCUCGCCUGAUUCAAGACAAAUAUCAACAAACGAGAAAAACCCAGGCAGACUCCACCCAAAAUUUGGGAGAACGUGUCAAUGACAUUGGAUUUUGGAAAUCUGAAAUCAUUCAUGAGUUGGAUGCAAUGAUUGGAGAGACAAAUGAACUAACUGAUGUUAAGAAAAAAUUGGAGAGGGCUUUGAUGGAGACAGAAGCCCCUCUUCAGGUAGCCCGAGAAUGUCUAUUUCAUCGAGAGAAGAGGAUGGGAAUCGAUCUAGUUCAUGAUGAAGUGGAAGCGGAACUGCUGACGGAAGUUGAUGUUAUUCUGUGUUGUCAAGAAAGAAUGAAGCUACAUUUGGAUAAGGCCAUUGCCCAACUUGCAGCUAACAGAGCUUCCCAGCAUGAGCUGGAGAAAGACCUGAGUGACAAACAGGCGGCGUACCGAAUCGAUGAUAAGUGCCACCAUCUGCGAAACACGUCCGAUGGCGUCAGCUACUUUCGUGGCGUGGAGAGGGUGGAUGCAACGAUCUCAGUGCCCGAGUCCUGGGCCAAAUUUACAGAUGACAAUAUUCUGCGCUCCCAGAGUGAACGAGCUGCCUCUGCCAAACUCAGAGAGGACAUUCAAAACCUCUUAGUUGUGACUGCCAACGAGAUGUGGAACCAGUUCAACAAAGUGAACUUGUCUUUCACCAAUCGCAUUGCUGAGACUGCAGAUGCUAAAAAUAAGAUUCAGGUUCACUUAGCAAAGAUUCUGCAGGAGAUUUUCCAGACUGAAAUGACCAUAGAAUCCAUCAAGAAGACCAUCAAGGACAAGUCUGCCUUCCUGAAGGUGGCUCAGACCAGACUAGACGAGCGGACGAGGAGACCGAAUGUAGAGCUCUGCCGAGACAUGGCUCAGUUACGCCUUGUUAACGAGGUGUACGAGGUGGACGACACCAUCCAGACCCUGCAGCAGCGCCUGAAGGACGCGGAGGACACCCUGCAGUCGCUGGUCCACACCAAAGCCACCCUGGAGCAUGAGCUGGCCGUCAAAGCGAAUUCCCUGUACAUCGACCAGGAAAAAUGCAUGAGCAUGCGCAAGAGCUUCCCCAACACCCUCCGGCUGGUGGGCUUCUGUUAGGGGCCCCGCCAGGAGCGGUGUUGUUACUCCUCCGGAAAGGCCGAGCCGGAGCCCUGAGUGCUGAUAUAGCCACUAUUAAAGGACUGUGUUGAUAGAAAUGUCCCGA